AUGACCGCGGCUCUGGACAAAUACUGCGGCUCCGUCUUCUGGAACUCAUCGUUCCUGCAGCGUGAGGACCCGGAUCUGCCGGUGUGUGUGGAGAGGACGGUGCUGGUGUGGCUGCCGCUGGCCUUCCUCUGGAUCUGCUCUCCAUUUCACUUCAGGAGUUUCUGUCAGAAAUCUGCCAAAGCUCCGGCGUCAGCGCUCUACUACUGCAAACAGGUUGUGGCCGGUCUGUUGCUUCUGACGGCAGUUGCAGAGCUCGCUGUGACUCUCGGGGAAGACUUCGGUCCGUCCAGCGAUGAAGAUGCUCAGAAAAACCCUGCAGUUCUCUACACCAAUCCUGUUCUGUUUGCUGUGUCAUGGAUAGUGGUGAUGUUGUGUCAGGAGUCGAUGCGGCACCGGCUGAUGUGUGUGGACUCCGGGAGCCUCUUCAUGUUCUGGCUGCUGCAGGUGGUGUGUGCUGUUUUCCAGUUCCAGACGCUGCUGAGAGAAGCUCUCAGUCAGGGGAUCUCUGACGUGCCGCGCUUCUGCCUCUUCUACAUCAGUUAUGGGCUGCAGAUUAUUGCUCUGGUUUUAUCCGCCAUCGCUGACGUUUCACCUGAAGCCAAAAAAGUUGCAGAAACGAAUCCUGAGGCUAAAGCCACGUUUCUCAGCAGAAUCACCUUUAACUGGUUCAACAGCAUGGUGUGGAAGGGCUUUAAAAGGCCUCUGGUUCAGGAGGACAUGUGGGAUCUGAACAAAAACGACUCCACACACUUCAUCUGUCAGACGUUCGAGGACGUGAUGGCCAAGGAGCUGAAGAAAGCCCGCAACAACCUACAGAAGAAGAAAAGCAAGAAGCGCAAGACUGUAGAUGCUGAGGGUCAGAACGGACUGGCCAAAGGGGUCAGUCAGGACGUGCUGGUCAUGGAGACAGAAACUGAAAAAGAGAGCAAAAAGAAGAAGAAGAAGAAGCAGAAGGACUCAGAUUCAGACUAUCCUCAGUCGUGGCUGGUUACUACCAUAGUAAAAUCAUUUAAAGGUGUGCUUCUGGAGUCUGCGCUCUUUAAACUGCUCCAGGAUCUGCUGUCCUUCGCAAGCCCGCAGCUACUCAAGUUAAUGAUCGCCUUCACUCAGAAUAAAGACAGCUAUGCGUGGACCGGUUACCUGUAUGCGGUGCUGCUGGUGCUGGUGGCGUUCGUGCAGUCGGUGGUUCUACAGCAGUAUUUCCAGCGAUGCUUCAUACUGGGAAUGAAAGUUCGCACAGCUAUCAUGGCAGCUGUCUAUAAGAAGGCGUUAGUUGUGUCCAAUGACUCCCGGAAGGAGUCGACAGCUGGAGAGAUUGUGAACCUGAUGUCCGCAGACGCUCAGAGAUUCAACGACGUCACCAACUUCAUCCACCUGCUGUGGUCGUGUCCGCUUCAGAUCGCGCUCUCCAUCGCCUUCCUCUGGAUCGAGCUCGGACCGUCCGUUUUAUCCGGUCUGCUGGUGAUGGUGCUGAUGGUGCCCAUUAAUGGAUGGCUGGCCACCAAAUCCAGACAAUUCCAGAUGCAAAACAUGAAAUUUAAAGACUCUCGCAUGAAAAUAGUGAACGACCUGCUGAAUGGAAUUAAAAUCCUGAAGUAUUACGCCUGGGAAACAUCCUUCGAGGCUCAGGUUCAGGAGAUUCGGGAAAAAGAGCUGAAGGUGAUGAGGAAAUUUGCCUACCUGUCCUCCGUCUCCACGUUCAUCUUCUCAUGCGCUCCAGCUCUCGUUUCUCUGGCCACCUUCGCUGUGUUUGUGUCUGUGAGUCCUGAUAAUAUUCUGGAUGCAGAGAAAGCUUUCACCUCCAUCUCUCUCUUCAACAUCCUGCGAUUCCCACUGGCCAUGCUCCCACAGCUCAUCUCCAUCAUGGUCCAGACGUCUGUAUCUAAGAAGAGACUGGAGAAAUUUCUGAGCGGUGAUGAUCUGGACACAACGACAGUCACACAUAACAGCAGCAUCACCGCCGCAGUGAGCAUGACCAACGGCACAUACGCCUGGGAAAGAGACACAGAGCCAGUGCUCAAACAGGUUUCUCUGGACAUUAAACCGGGUCGUCUGGUGGCCGUGGUCGGAGCAGUGGGUUCUGGGAAGACGUCACUUGUUUCGGCUCUGCUGGGAGAAUUGCACAGCAUCAAGGGAAACAUUAACAUCAACGGCUCGGUGGCGUAUGUGCCUCAGCAGGCCUGGAUCCAGAACGCCACAUUAAAGGACAAUAUUUUAUUCGGUUCUUCAGUGGAUGAGGAGCGAUAUCAGUCUGUGAUUAAAGCCUGCGCUCUCGAGCCAGACCUGGACCUGUUGCCGGGACGAGACCAGACCGAGAUUGGAGAAAAGGGCAUUAAUCUGAGCGGUGGGCAGAAGCAGAGGGUGAGCCUGGCGCGGGCCGUCUACAGCUCUGCAGAUGUGUAUUUGCUGGAUGAUCCUCUGUCCGCCGUAGACUCACAUGUGGGAAAACAUCUGUUUGAGAAAGUGAUCGGGCCCAAUGGACUGCUCAGAGACAAGACUCGUAUCUUGGUAACUCAUGGAAUCAGCUUCUUGCCGUAUGUAGAUGAGAUUGUAGUGUUGGUGCAUGGCGUCGUGUCUGAGAUCGGAUCAUACGAAAGUCUUCGAGCCAGUAAAGGAGCUUUCUCUGAGUUUCUGGAGACGUACGGCAAAGACGAGAGCAACAAAGACAAUGACAAAAAAGCAGCAGCAGCUCAGACACCAGUGUAUGAAGAGAUUGAGACGCUGCCGGAGGGCUUGGAGACGCAGGCUGAUGGAUCUCCAGAAGACAUUGUUUCCAGUACAUUAAAGAGAGAAAACAGUCUGCGCCACAGCCAGCGGCACUCCAAGAGGAACGGAAGUGUGAAGGUCAGAAAAAACAGCUCUCUUCGCGCUCAGAAAGAUCCGGAGGAUAAGAAGGGUCAGCGACUGAUUGAGAAAGAGAUGAUGGAGACUGGAAGGGUGAAGUUUUCAGUGUAUCUGCAGUACCUGAGCGCCAUGGGCUGGUGGUACGUGGGCUUCAGCUUCGUCUUUUACUUCAUCCAGAACGUGGCUGUGAUCGGACAGAACCUGUGGCUCAGCGACUGGACCGACGAUUCUAUAGAGUAUUUCAACCAAACCUACCCCAACCACAUCAGAGACACCAGGAUAGGGGUUUUUGGAGCCCUUGGAUUAGCACAAGGUUUUCUGGUGUUUUUCGGGACUAUACUCCUCGCUGAUGGGUCCAUCUCUGCAUCCAGGACUCUACACACAAGCCUGCUGACUAACAUUCUUAAAGUCCCCAUGAUGUUCUUCGACACCACACCUUCAGGACGAAUCGUCAAUCGAUUUGCCAAGGAUAUAUUCACUGUGGACGAGAUGAUCCCGAUGUCCUUCAGGUCCUGGAUCCUCUGUCUUCUUGGAGUUCUGGGAACUCUGUUCGUCAUCUGUCUGGCUACUCCAAUCUUCACUGCGGUUGUUGUACCGAUGGCUGUUGUCUACUACUUUGUGCAGAGGUUUUACGUGGCCACGUCUCGGCAGCUCAGACGACUGGACUCGGUGUCUCGAUCUCCCAUAUACUCACACUUUGGAGAAACCGUAUCCGGCCUGUCCGUGAUAAGGGCGUAUGGACACCAGGACCGCUUCCUAAAGCACAACGAGGACACCAUAGACCAGAACCUGAAGAGUGUUUAUCCAUGGAUUGUUUCCAAUAGGUGGUUGGCCAUGCGUUUGGAGUCUCUGGGGAAUCUGGUGGUGUUUUUCGCAGCUCUGUUUGCUGUCAUCUCCCGAGACUCUCUGAACAGCGGACUGGUCGGACUGUCCAUCUCAUACGCUUUAAAUGUGACGCAGACGCUGAACUGGCUGGUGAGAAUGACGUCUGAACUGGAGACCAACAUCGUAGCUGUGGAAAGAGUGAGAGAGUAUGCCGAGAUCCAAAAUGAGGCUCCGUGGGUCACCAGUGUUCGUCCUCCUGAUGAUUGGCCCUCUGCUGGAAACAUCCGCUUUGAAGACUACAAAGUUCGCUACCGUCCAGAACUGGAGCUCGUCCUCCACGGGGUCACCUGUGACAUUCAGAGCACAGAGAAGAUUGGCAUCGUGGGUCGCACUGGAGCAGGUAAAUCCAGCCUGACCAACUGUUUGUUCCGCAUCGUUGAAGCUGCGGACGGUCGAAUCCUCAUCGAUGAUAUCGAUAUUGCCACGCUGGGACUCCAUGAUCUGCGCAGUCGACUGACCAUCAUUCCUCAGGACCCAGUGCUGUUCUCCGGGACGCUGCGGAUGAAUCUGGACCCGUUUCAGACCUUCAGCGAUGCGGAGAUCUGGAGUGUCCUGGAGCUGGCCCAUCUCAAAGAAUACGUCAGGGGUUUACCAACAGGACUUGAACAUGAGGUGUCGGAGGGAGGAGAGAAUCUGAGUCUGGGUCAGAGGCAGCUGUUGUGUUUAGCUCGAGCUCUGCUUCGUAAAUCUCGAAUCCUGAUUCUGGAUGAAGCGACAGCAGCGGUGGAUCUGGAGACGGACGAUCUCAUCCAGAGCACCAUUCGCAGAGAGUUCUCCCACUGCACUGUCCUGACCAUUGCACACCGCCUCAACACCAUCCUGGACAGCUCACGAGUGAUGGUGUUGGAUUCUGGAAAGAUCGUGGAGUUUGAUUCUCCCAAUGAACUGCUGAGCAAACCUGGACAUUUCUCCUCCAUGGCUGAAGAUGCUGGAAUCAGAAGAGAAGAAGAGCAGAGCCAAUCAUACGUCUUCUGAACGCUUCAUUUGCAUAAAGAUCAAACAUUAUUAAAUAUUAAGGAAUUGUAUUACUUCUUCUUUCUAAUCCAGCUGUUUUUGUUGUAGUCUUUUAAUUUCAUCCAGCUUUUUAUGUUAUUAUUAUUAUUAUUUUGCAUUUAUGUUGUUGUUGUUGUAUUGUGACAAUAAAGUGUAUUAAAUUAUAUUAUACAAUGUCA